UAAAAUAACCAAAAGAAAAAGAAAAGUUCGGGAGAGGAAAAAGAACUUGUUCACGAGUUCACCAGAAUCACCACCUCUUUCUCCUGUUUUCUUUUUUACCAGAUUUUUCUUUUGGAUUUUUUCUUUAUCUCUCUCAUUUAUAGGGGGUUAAAUCAAACUACUAUUUUUUAUUCUACUUCUCUAGGUUUUCCUCAUGAUAGGAUAUUUUGGGGUUAUAGUUGUGUAAACGAAGAUGUUUUCUUCUUCUUCUUCUUCUUCUUCAAGGAUUGUUUCGGGUUCUCUUUGAAUUUCAUGGCUAAUUUCUCUAAUCUGGCUGGAACUAGGUGUUGACGUCUUCUUGAUUUUCUGUUGAAGAUAAUUAAUAUUACAUGGGAUCAAAUAAGAGAUGCAAUUCUGCAUCUACCAUUGACGACAGAGGCAAAUCAUCUAUGCGUUUCUGCUUAUUCCCUAAAGUGCGCUCUGCAAGCUUUGGUCCAGGAAACUCACCAGUCUACCUCAAUGUGUAUGACUUAACACCCAUUAAUGGUUAUCUCUACUGGACGGGGCUUGGCAUCUUUCACUCCGGCGUCGAAGUACAUGGCGUAGAGUAUGCUUUUGGAGCUCAUGACUUUGCAACUAGUGGCGUAUUUGAGGUUGAGCCUCGGAGUUGCCCAGGUUUUAAGUUUAGAAAAUCAAUCUUCGUUGGAACAACAUCCAUGGACCCAAUUCAGGUUAGGGAGUUCAUGGAGCGCCAAUCUGCAAGUUACAAUGGUGACACAUAUCAUUUGAUCGUAAAAAACUGCAACCAUUUCUGCAAGGAUAUCUGUUUUAAGCUCACAGGGAACACAAUCCCAAAAUGGGUGAAUCGGCUAGCAAAAAUAGGGUCACUCUGCAACUGCAUUCUUCCUGAAGCUCUGAAAGUAACUCCAGUUCGAGAUGACCCGAAUGACCAAAGUUUGGAUAGUGAGAAGAGGCGUCUUCGAGGCUCCUUCAGUUGCUUGUCUUCAAUCUCGAUGCGGCAGAAGCAAUUGUCAUCAUCUUCAAUGUUUCUACAAUCACCGUUAAAAGGUUGCCUACCACCCAGAGGCAUGAGCAAAUCCAGAUCGUUGAAGGAAAUGUAAGAAUAAACAUAGUGCAAUCAUUUUUUCUCUUUUUAAAAAGUAUUUAGGGAGGAGCUUGUGGAAGAUUUGUUUUGCUCACUGUCACUAUUAUUGAAGUGUGAUAAGUAGGUUUCGUGAGCUGUAGCAGGAAAAACCAAACAAAAAGGAAAAAAAAAGCAUGUAGAGAUCUUAUUGCUGUUUGUAUAUCAACCCUAAAUGAAUGUAUUUUUAUCAGAAA